AACGCGGAGGCAGCAGGAUCAACAAUUGUACAUGUCAAGUUAGCAGACGACUACAACCUCGCCGCCGGUGAUUGGGCGAACGAGGCAGCAUGGAUCGUGGGAAAGGCUGAAACGCCGACCCGUGGUCACGAUGCCUUUGACGGCGUAGGCUAAGUGUGUUCUUGUGUCUUGUUUAUGACACGGGCUGCUGCGUUGGCGGAAAUCUUGGCCGCCAGUUAGCAUCGGGCUGAUGGCUUCCUUGGACCUGAACCGUGCCACCCAUCAUCCGCAUAGCCAUCACAUCACCAUACUCCAAUCACGGCGGCCGUCACCUGCGUCAUGGCAGCGACUGACAAACGGGCCCUGUCACGCAGCUAGACGCCUUCGCCUCUGUCUCUCUCCCUGCUUUUUGCCAAAACUUGUCCCUCUUGAGCUUGUCUUGGGGGGUUCCUUUGCGGCCGCUGCUUGGUGCCAAAAUACCUCCGCACUGGGAUUGGGGCUUGACCCGUUCUUCCGCUUGCAGGUUAGAGGCAAAGAAAGAGGAGAAGCGAGAGAGAGAGAGACAGAGAGAGGUUGGAGAGGACGGUUGCCAGCGCAUUGUACAUACAGAGGCUUGCCAGUACUGGAAGAGGUUGCAGUAGGUGGUUUGCCAAGUUGGUGCUUCGUCCACCCCAUGGAUCCAUGGAUGUCAUUCCAUUUACCUGGGUAGUACAGCCCAACCGCAGCGUCAGGCAAGCAGCCGCCGUAGUACAGCUCAUGUAACGGCAUCGCCAGAGCCUCGGGAAACCCCAGGUUUUUCCCAAGCAACCUUGCCGGGCUUCCAACGGCUCCCCG